AUGACCGUUUCCUAUACCACAAAUGCCCUCUCCGGUCGGGCUCGUUGUCUGAACCCCGAUAAUAUCAACCCUCAUGUGAAGGAAGCCAAGUAUGCCGUCCGAGGUGAAUUGGCCGUCAAGGCGGAGGAAUACCGUGUGAAGCUGGCCCAGGGAGACAAGUCGUUGCCCUUCGACAGCGUCAUCUUCGCCAACAUCGGCAACCCCCAGCAACUCGACCAGAAGCCCAUCACCUUCUUCCGUCAAGUGCUCAGUCUCUUGGAGAACCCCGCGUUGUUGGACAACCCGGAGGUGCUCCGGACAUCGUUCGGAUACCAGCAGGACGUCGUGGACCGCGCUAAGACUCUUCUCGCGGACGUCCAGAGCGUCGGAGCGUACAGCCACAGCCAAGGAGCCCCUAUCAUCCGCAGGAGCGUCGCCAAUUUCAUCGAGCAGCGCGAUGGAUUCCCCGCCAACCCGCAGGACCUGUUCCUCACCGCCGGCGCCUCGUCCGGUGUCAGCAACAUUCUCAACGUAAUCUGCAGCUCCCCCGAAACGGGCGUCCUCGUCCCCAUCCCGCAGUACCCUCUCUAUACAGCCACCCUGGCCCUUCUGAACGCGCGGUGCGUCCCCUACCACCUGGAGGAGGAUAAAGCCUGGGGUACCGAUGUGAACGCCAUCCGCGCCUCUCUGGAGAAGGCCAAGGCGGCCGGCACCGACGUGCGCUCCAUCGUGGUCAUCAACCCGGGCAACCCCACCGGUGCCUCUCUGAGCCCCGAUGACAUCAAGAGUGUGCUAGAUCUGGCGGCCGAGGAGAAGCUGGUGGUCAUGGCCGACGAGGUCUACCAGACCAACGUUUUCGAGGGCGAGUUCACCUCCUUCAAGAAGCGACUCCGACAGCUGCAGCAGGAGCAGCCGGGCAAGUACGACAACGUGGAGUUGGUCUCCCUCCACAGUGUGUCCAAGGGCAUGGUCGGCGAGUGUGGCCAGCGCGGUGGCUACUUCGAGCUGGUCGGAUUCGACCCCUUGGUGACCGCCCAGAUCUACAAGCUUGUCAGCAUUGGGCUGUGCCCGCCAGUUAUUGGCCAGUGUCUCCUCGAGCUUAUGGUGAACCCGCCCAAGGCGGGAGAGCCCAGCCACGAGCUGUACCAGAAGGAAUACAACGCAAUCCGGGACGGACUGCACAAGCGCGCGCUGGCGCUGUACGAGGCCUUCCAACGCAUGGAGGGAGUAGAGUGUCAGAAGCCUCAGGGCGCCAUGUACCUCUUCCCCAGCAUCACGCUGCCACAGAAAGCCGUCGAUGCCGCGGCCGCCGAGAACCGCGCGGCGGACGAAUUCUACUGUCUGCGUCUGUUGGACGCCACGGGCGUAUGCGUGGUCCCUGGCUCCGGAUUCGGUCAGAAGGAAAACACACUGCACUUCCGGACAACGUUCUUAGCUCCGGGAACCGACUGGGUGGAACGGAUUGUGAAAUUCCACUCGGAAUUUAUGGCCAAAUAUAAAUAG